AGACGACCGGCCAGAUAACGUGUCCCCACUGUCAGGUCCCGGUUCUGACAGAGACCACACACACCCCUGGACUGUUCACCUGGCUCAUCUUUGGAGCCCUCUUCUGCUUCCUGUGCAUGAUAUUCUCUUGUCUUCCGUUCUGUGUUGAGUCCUGUCAGGACGUAGAACACCGCUGCCCCAACUGCAAGACAGUGAUCCACAUCCACAAACGCAUGUGAACAGACCAAGAUGAGACACCUGCCACAAAGUGAUCCACAUCCACAAACGCAUGUGAACAGACCAAGAUGAGACACCUGCCACAAAGUGAUCCUUACCUAUAUGAAUCUAUUCCAGUAGUGUAGAUCCUCUGAGGGAAACUGCAAACCCAGUUUAAUGCACCAGGAUUGGAAAGACAAUGGGCUCCUACUGUCUGUCGCUGAAAUCACUGCUGCAGUACCAGCUUUUCAUCUACUGGGAAGGUGUGACAGGGUAUUAUUAUAGUCGUCAUUUACUAUAUCGUAAAAAUUCAUGAAAUCAAAAUGUGCUUCUUGGUCUUAAUUUCAGGUUAAGGUUAGGUAUUAUGGUCAGCAGUGUGGUUAUAUUUGAUGACUUUGUGGCUGUGCCAGCUAGUGACCCCUCUACAGAGCUGCCUCCAGGGCAAGAUUCAUGCCAAUAAAUGCCGACCUGCCCCUAAUCAGGGGGAACAGGUUAAAGAGUAGACAGACAGACACAUGUACGUGCCAAGACCACGUUUAAUAGGUUUUAUACUGAUUGUAAAUGAAGCUUUUCAAUUAACACAGAACGUAUUGUUCUUUGCAAUGAAUAAAAGUCAAGUUUAUUGA